GGGACUCUGAGACUCACAGUGUGCUAACAGGAAGACCGAAUUCUAUCAUAAAUACUGCGACUGAAGGCGCUGGAAAAUGUGCAAAGGAUUAGCUGCCUUACCCCAAACCUGCCUGGAACGGGCUAAGGAGAUCAAGUCAAAAUUGGGAGUCUUACUGCAGAAGCCGGAGAAUGCCAUCGACCUCAUCAUCCCCUACCCGGAGAAACCCGAGAAGAAGCCGGAGAAGCUGCAGAAGCCUGCUCCUGAGGAGGCUGCUCAGUGGCGCGAAAGUCUGGACCGAGUCCUGAACAACAGCUACGGUCUGGCUACUUUCCGUAGCUUCCUGCAGUCCGAGUUCAGUGAUGAGAACAUCGAGUUCUGGGUGGCCUGCGAGGACUUCAAGAAGACCAAGAACCCUGUGAAGAUGGCAACCAAGGCGAAGAAGAUCUAUGACGACUUCAUCCAGUCCGAGGGACCCCGAGAGGUGAACAUUGACCACUUCACCAAGGACGUGACCCUGAGGAACCUUUUGGAACUCUCCCCUGCGACCUUUGACCUGGCCCAGAAGAGGAUCCACGCCCUGAUGGAGAAGGACUCCUUUGGCCGUUUCCUCCGCUCUGAGCACUACCAGGAGCUCCUUGUCAACUAAGCAGGAGUGAGCAGGAGUCGGAGGAGCUUGGAUGGGGGGUGGGGGGGGGUCAAACAGCAGUUACGCAGGAUGAAAAUGUUAGGAAACAACUUAUAAUUUUUUAAAAUUAAAUAUUUCUAAUAAACUGCCAUUGUGUCUGAGAGCUCGGGAAACAAAGACCUUUAUUUUACGAAAGAUCCAAAAAGAUCAAGGGUGAAAAAGUUAUAUUUCAAAAUUAUGUUUCAAAUUUAGAUAAAGGGAAGGACUGCCUUUUGAAAUAACCCCACCUCCCCAUCGAACACACACACACACACACACAAACUCAAAGCUACACAAAGUCGAGAUCCACAUCAAAACAGAUACCAAUGUGUUUCAAUGAAGAACAUACAACUCAAUUUUUUCAAUCAACCCACAAAGUCGGUUCUUUAGCUUUUUGAUGCAUACGCAAAGUGUGCUCAUAAUAUUAUCCCUACAACACAUUACCUAACUUCGCUUGUGUGUCAAGGUGUUGUAGCUUUGCCAGACCAGUCUACACAGAUUUACAGUGAUGUGUAAGCUUGACCCCAUUGACUGCAAUGCAUUCUGUAGCACACAGGACGAAUUUCUACCAAAGAUCAGUAACAAUGUCAGGAGAAAGGCAUUUGCACUGGCAAUGACUUCACCAGGUGAGAAGGGGAACAUUACUGGUCUCACCAUUGCCGGCUCCACGUUGUCUUCGCUGUCAACGAACAUCUAUCCGGUCUGCAAAGUUCAAAGCAUCCCAGUCAGACCAGUCACAGUUUUGUAGCGGUUGCAAAUCCUAAAGAGUUCCAACAUGUGCUGUAAUUACAUUUUUUGAAAAACAGCAUCACAGUUACAGCUGGGCCUUUUACAUAACUACAGUAUGGAGACAGCCUUAUGUAACACAACACUUUGACACAUUGGUAUAAUUUAGCUGUAAUGCAGGGCUGUUUCUGGCCAUUUCUGUGGCCUAGGCCGGAAAUCCUCCUGGCGAACCCCGGGGGGGUAUUAUCUUACUUCCAAUUCUGGUCUGCGUCGUGUCAUCAACACCUUAGGCAACCACCUAGUUCACCUAUACCUAAAAACAGCCGUGCCGUUGUAGAAAGCAAACUUUUACCUGGAGUCGCUACUGCUUUAGAGGUCAAUCGAAAAUUAACCAAAUUAAAAUAUAACUAAGUGGUAAACACUUUAUAGAUCGCUUGACCCCAAAAAGAUUCCCCUUAAUGCAAGUAACGGUGAAAUCGUUAUAAAACUAAACAUAACCCCUUCUUGGUCCUCCUUCCCUUGCCGCAGACAUACCAGUCUUAAUCAGACAGAAGUCAGAGUGACGAUUAAGUGCUUUGUGGCUUUAUCAAGAAAGCUCAAAGAUGUCAGUGUCAGUCUGAGUGCCUGCAAAGGAUAUAACCUAGAACGUUUUCUGUCUACAGGAGAAAAACCAAUGGGAAAAUCUAAACAGCGUGUCAUUUACACAGUUGGCUGCGAUGGAUUCCUUGAAUCAUUUCCAGCAAGGACCGAAUAGUUUUCAUUAAAGUAAAAAAACACACAUAGUGGAUCUUCUUCAAGUAUCAAUGCAUGUCUAAUGUAGAUCACAUAACCUUUUUUUUGUCUCUUCCACUCUCUCACACUCACAUAGAGCGCACAUUUGGAUUUUCACCAAAACCCCCCUUCUGGUUGAGAGGCAUCCUUUGAGAGCCAGCCUUGAGAACAGUGCUGACUAGUUGGCCCAGUGGUCGAGCGCCUUGGCUACCACUUAACUGCAAGUUGACAAAGAUGGGAAAAUCAAGUAGGAGGGAAUCUCAGAAAAAGAAGUGAACAGAGCAGUAGUUUUAUACAAAGAAAGGUCUUUUUCCCAUGUGACAAUACCAAAGCUGUUUGGAUGCAUAAAAAUAAGUAACUAAUCAAAAAGGUCCGGACCUGGCUGUAGCAUUGAUUUACGAGUAAAAUAAAACAUGGGAAACAGAACUUGCAGGUUGGUUUUCAGCACUACACAAUGACUGGUUAAGCCAGAGCACAUCGUAUGUAAAGUUUUAAAUCAAAGUUAUCAAGGUCAUUAACGAAAUGGCAGCACUGCAAUUCAGAGCAGUACAUACAAAAUAGCCACACUUGGUAAAUCCAAUGUUUUAUGUACUUUCCACGUUAUUUUCCAGGUUAUCACUUUACACUUUCAACCACAAGUUAUUAUUAACAUCUACAUACUGUAAUACAACACUGGUAUUCAUCUAACUCACACUGAGAUGAGACGUGGACUGGACUGAUAUGAUGGUGGAGUUGGUGUUGGUGGGCAAUGUUAAGGUGUUCUAAAUAUACACAUUUAGUUUACUGUAGCAAUCAUGAAAUGAUUAUAUUUACUCUUUAAUGCUUUUUUACAUUAAACAAAAGCAUUUAUGUGACUUACCAAAAUAUGAAAAUAUUAUCAAGAUAUUCAGCAUUUUAUAAGUCCUUAUUGUUCCCAUAAUUACAAAUAAUCCAAGCCGGUCGAGUAGUCAGGAGCGACAUAUCUCUCAACUUAUCAAUUGAUUUUUUUUUUCAAAAUACGCGCAACCUGUCACUGGAAUGAACAACAAAUCUCAAAAGUCUAACUGAAAGGUUCGUAAUGCUUUUCAAACAGCAUUGACAAGGGUUUGCUGUGACACAGAUUGGCCAGUCUGCUGUCUUACCCUGAAGUCAAAUCAAUAAGGGCUUUAACAGUGCUGAGUAUACACCAGUCGAUGUAGCCUUGCAUGUAUGUUUUGGAGUCAACCACAUAAAAAUAUAUAUGCAUACAA